AUGCCUCUAUCGCCCCCGAGACCUGCAAUUUCGAAUAAGAGACUCAAGAUUUCUGGGCCUCGAGAUGAUGCUGUCAAGGCGUACUGUGAAUGGCACGCACUGCAAGUGACCGACCAGGAGCGCAAAGCCGACUGGCACAAUGCAUGUAAAAUCACUCUGUCCAAUGGCCUUGACCUCGAGUUGGUGGAAGAAGAUCAAGAGCAUGUGCAGUUCCUGAUUGAAAAGGGUGUGACAAAAGGGACUGCCCGGCGAUUUGUCCGCGACAUUCAUGAAUGGCUUGAAUACGUGAAAGAACUCUCACUGGAGCGAUGUAGUCAAGGUCCCUCUGAUUCAGACGACUGA